GACCCAGGCUAUCUUGGUUUUGCCUCCCAGGGCUUCAUUUUCUGAUAUUAUUAUCAAAUGGCAACAAGUUCCUCUUUCUGUUCUUCUACAAAACCUGUACAGCACCACUGUGUGUGUCCUCAGCACCUGGUGUUAGCGCUAAGUAUAUCCACUAUUUAUGGGGAUUCAUUUUACACUGGUGUAAACUUGGUUGACUACAAGUGGACUUCCAGGUCAACAUUAAACUUGCAUCUCUGGAGACAUCCGAGGAUCGUUACAGUUGUAGCAGGACUCAGGCCUUCCUGGAAGGUGUUUCCUUAGUUUUUCCCUCUAGAUAAUUACCACAAAUUGACUUGCAUCAGCCUUGUAGAAAUGUGUAACUUUCUUUUUUCCCUUGGGUUCUGUAUUUCACUUUUUCAGCCUCAAGUGUCUGUUCAGAGAAGCUGGAAAGUUUUGGUGAAGUAUCAAAGUGUCUUGAUCUUCACAGUGCUGGACAGAUUCUUGCUAUUUCAUGUGUGUCAUAUUAAGCUGAAGCAGUCAACUCUUCUUGUAGACCUGGAAGCGAUAGUAGAAAGAGACUGAUGGGCUUUUUGCUGUCAGAUGGACCUUGGGAAAAUAUGUUGUCAUCCUUUCCCGGAGCUGGCUGCUAUCAAACUGAUAGUUCCCAUCACAGUCUUGUAGAAUAUUGGAUUUAUCAACUAAAUGACUUGAGUUAAAUGAAAUUAGAGAUCAUCCCUUUGCUACCAAAUCCCAUUACUUUACUUAAGAUGGCUUAAGAAUUGAAGUGUGAGCAGGAUCUACCAGAAAAGAAAGUGUUGAGUUAGAGACGUAAAGGAGGGAUGACUUCAGUGAAUUGCUGUUAUAUUUUAGGCAGAAGGGAAGGAUGCUAAUGAGUUGGACGUUCUAAAGGAAACUUUUAUUAUGCCGGGUGCUCAUAGUUCUUCAGACAGCAGUGCAGCAUGCCACCAAUUUUAAUGUCUGGCAGAGAAUAUUUAAUGUAAAUGGAUGUUUUGCACCGCAUUCAGCGUUGUCAGCUGGUUGUCCUUCAGUUACACUCCCACUGACACCCAUUGUCUUGUUACUGUCAGGAAGUUAACCAUUACAUUUUGCUGUUCCUGGAAAGGGGACGUUCCCUGGUAGGGAGAGGAAACCUUCAGGUCUGUGCAGCCCAUGUCAGUGGCAGCUGGAUAUGCUGCUGUUUUGCCAUUUAGAAUGUUCAGAGGAAGUGAAGGAUCACAGAGCAUCAAAGGGGGAAGAAUCUAUGAUCCUGACCUGGUACAAGUAUGUCACAUAAAAGUGCAAAUCUUGACAUGUGCUUCCCUCCCUUCUCUCCUCCGCCUUCUCUGGGAAGCAAGCUAACUCUGAAUUGUCAUUGUGUCCUUUUUUUAUGUACUUGUGAACCUGUUAGGGUAAAUGUGACUUCUCAGUGAUGUGAGAGUCUUAAUCCAUAGAACUUUGCUUGGGAUGAGAAACGAAGGAGGUGGAGUUGUGACCCUUCUUGUUGGUUUUGGUUUUCAUCGGGUACUUUUUAGCAAAGUCCAUGGCAGCUGACCAAGAUAAUGAUACAGUGCUUUCCUUUUUACAGUUUGAAGAUAAAUCUGAUGCGGUAUUUGAUAUUGCAGAAAAAUGUGGUGAAAUUCUGGAUGCAGAAAUGUCAGAGGACACUGACAACAACCUAACGCCUGCCCUCGACAGCAUAUCUUAUGGAAUACAGAAUCGAACAGGAUCUGAAAACUCACUGCUGGACGAUGAUGAUGAGGAUGAGGAUGAUUUCUUUCUGAACUCUGGGGAUCUUGCUGGCAUACCUGUUGUGGGGAGUGACAAUGAAGAUGAACAGAAUUUCACUCCAAAAGACACUCUUUCUUCAGCGAUUUCUGAUGAAGACCAUUUGGAAGAGGGCAAGAGAGUUACAGAUCAUGACUUGGACAGUGAAAAAGAAAUUCAGGUUCAGAAUGCAAUCCAAAAGGAUCUCUCUUCACCAUUUGAGCAGAGCCCUGUAUUUAAAUCAACUCGGAAAGAUUUUAGCAUAACAAGAGAUAAUGGCAAAGAGACUUUCUCAGCAAAGGACAAGAAUAGAGAAGGACAGUUUCAAGAACGUGAAAAACGGUUGGAAAAAAUCCCAAAAGAUACGGAUUCUAGAUUGAAAAGCAGUUUUCUUGACAAAGCAGUUCAUAAUCAAGUAGAAGAAACAUUACGGACGCAGUUAGCUCCACAAACUCCAGAAACUAACUUCAGGGAGUCUAGCUACCUAUUUUCUAGUAAGGAAUCUAUUGGACAAGAGCUGGGGAAUUCCUUUGCACCAAAUAUUAGAAUUAAGGAGGAGCCUUUGGAUGACGAAUAUGAUAAAGCUAUGGCCCCACAGCAGGGACUGUUAGACAGAAUUAAAGAUGAACCUGAUAAUUCCAAGGAGUACGGCCAACAGCCAAAAUCUCAGGAAGGGGAGCUGAAAAUCAGUGCCGUAUUUUCAGUCAGUGGCAGUCCGCUUGCUCCACAGCUGUCAUCAGGUUUCCAGCCUGCUGUGGCAUCCUCUGGCAUGAGUAAAAUGCUUCCUUCAGUUCCAAGCACAGCUGUUCGGGUUUCCUGUUCUGGCUGUAAAAAAAUCCUGCAGAAGGGGCAAACCGCAUACCAGAGGAAAGGCUCUACCCAGCUCUUCUGCUCCACACUGUGCCUCACUGGAUACACUGUUCCAGCUUCUCGCCCACCAGCUUCUACCAAGAAAACCUGCUCAAGCUGCUCAAAAGACAUUCUAAAUCCAAAGGAUGUAAUCACUGCCCAGUUUGACAAUACAAACUUCAGUAAGGAUUUCUGCAGCCAGUCUUGUCUUUCUACAUACGAACUGAAAAGGAAGCCUGUUGUUACUAUUCACACUAACAGCAUUUCAAGCAAGUGCAGCAUGUGCCAGAAGAAUGCAGUGAUUAGACACGAAGUGAAUUACCAGAACGUUGUACACAAGCUCUGCAGUGAUGCCUGCUUCUCCAAGUUCCGCUCAGCUAACAACUUGACUAUGAACUGCUGUGAGAAUUGUGGAGGAUACUGCUACAGUGGCUCUGGCCAAUGUCACGUACUUCAGAUAGAGGGACAGUCAAAGAAGUUCUGCAGUUCAACAUGUGUGACAGCGUACAAGCAGAAGUCAGCCAAAAUUACACCUUGCACGCUGUGUAAGGCUUUGAGAUCAUCAGUCGAGAUGAUCGAGAGUGCAAAUAACUUGGGAAAAACUGAACUGUUUUGCUCUGUUAACUGCUUGUCAGCGUAUAGAGUAAAGAUGGUUACUUCUGCAGGUGUUCAAGUUCAGUGCAACAGCUGUAAAACCUCAUCACACCCUCAGUAUCAUUUGGCUAUGUCUGAUGGGAGCAUACGCAAUUUUUGCAGCUACAGUUGUGUAGCAGCUUUUCAGAAUCUGUUCAACAAGCCUGCAGGAACGAACUCCUCAGUGGUACCUCUGUCACAAGGUCAAGUCAUUGUAAGCAUUCCCUCAGGGGCGAUGGUAUCUGCAGGUGGAACCACCUCAACUGUGUCCCCCAGCUCCAUGAGCAGUUCAGCUGCAGCUGGUCUACAGAGGCUGGCUGCUCAGUCUCAGCAAGCCACUUUUGCCCGCCCUGUUGUAAAACUCAGGUGUCAGCAGUGUAACAGAUUGUUUACAACCAAACCAGAACUGCUUGACUACAAGGGUAAAAUGUUCCAGUUCUGUGGGAAGACCUGCUGUGAUGAAUAUAAGAAGAAGAGCAGUGUAAUGGCAAUGUGUGAAUACUGCAAAAUUGAGAAGAUUAUCAAGGAGACGGUGCGAUUCUCAGGCGUAGACAAAGCGUUCUGUAGUGAAGGUUGUAAACUGCUCUAUAAACAUGACUUGGCUAAGCGCUGGGGAAACCACUGUAAAAUGUGCAGUUACUGUUUACAGGCUUCCCCUAAACUGGUCCAGAAUCUCUUUGGGGGGAAAAUGGAGGAAUUUUGCUCUGAGGAGUGCAUGUCUAAAUUCACAGUUUUGUUUUACCAGAUGGCAAAGUGCGAUGGUUGUAAGAGACAAGGUAAACUCAGUGAGUCCAUGAAAUGGCAUGGGGAAAUCAAGCAUUUUUGUAAUCUGCUUUGUAUUCUGUUGUUCUGUAAGCAGCAAAUUGCUUCUGACCCUCCACCCCCAAACAACACAGCAAACCUUUCUAUGGCACCAGCUUCCUCAUCAGGCCCUCCUUUGAGAAAGGACUCAACUCCUGUCAUAGCACAUGUGGUGUCCCUUGCAAGCACCCCUGCUGCCCAGCCUACAGUUAACUCCAACAAUGUUUUACAGGGUGCAGUCCCUACUGUGACAGCAAAAAUAAUAGGAGAUGCCAGUACUCAGACAGAUGCCCUAAAGCUGCCAUCAUCACAACCACCUCGGCUUCUCAAAAACAAAGCAUUGUUGUGCAAGCCAAUCACACAGACUAAGGCCACCUCAUGCAAACCCCACACACAGAACAAAGAAUGCCAGACAGAAGAAGAAGUUGUUCAACCCCAGAUCAUUGUGGUACCUGUCCCUGUGCCAGUGUUUGUGCCAGUGCCCCUUCACCUCUACACUCAGUACACACCAGUUCCACUUGGGAUGCCAGUACCUGUACCAGUUCCCAUGCUCUUCCCAACUACCCUGGAUAAUGCUGAUAAGAUCAUUGAAACUAUUCAGGAUAUAAAGGAAAAGAUUCCCACAAACCCAUUUGAAGCUGACCUCCUUCAGAUGGCAGAAAUGAUUGCAGAAGAUGAGGAGAAAGAAAAAACACACUCUCAUGGUGGAUCUCAGACGUCUGAGCAUGAGCUCUUCCUCGACCCCAAGAUAUUUGAGAAAGACCAAGGUAGCACUUACAGUGGAGAUCUAGAAUCAGAAGCGGUGUCCACUCCACACAGCUGGGAGGAUGAGUUGAAUCACUAUGCCUUACGAUCAAAUGCCCUGCCAGAACCAGAUCCAGAACUGAAGCAGUUCUCCAAAGGUGAUGUGGAACAGGACCUGGAGGCUGAUUUUCCAUCAGACUCAUUUGACCCUCUCAGUAAAGGACUGGGUUUGCAUUCACGUUCACGAGCAAGACGGAGACACAGAGAUGGCUUCCCACAGCCAAAAAGACGGGGUCGGAAGAAGUCUGUUGUUUCUGUAGAGCCCCGGAAUCUGAUGCAGGGCUCCUAUGCAGGAUGCUCGGUUUCUGGGAUGACCUUAAAGUAUAUGUAUGGGGUAAAUGCCUGGAAAAACUGGGUCCAAUGGAAAAAUGCACAGGAGGAACAAGGGGACCUGAAGUUUUCAGUUCGCCCUGUGAAGCUCAAGGAGGACAUUCUCUCAUGCACUUUUGCUGAGCUGAGUUUUGGCUUGUGCCAGUUUAUUCAAGAGGUGCGGAGACCAAAUGGAGAAAAAUAUGAUCCUGACAGCAUCUUAUACUUGUGCCUUGGAAUUCAGCAGUACCUGUUUGAGAAUGGUAGAAUAGAUAACAUUUUUACCGAGCCCUAUUCCAGGUUUAUGAUUGAACUUACAAAACUUUUGAAAAUCUGGGAACCUACAAUUCUUCCAAAUGGUUAUAUGUUCUCAAGAAUUGAAGAGGAACACUUGUGGGAAUGUAAACAGCUGGGUGCAUAUUCCCCUAUUGUCUUAUUGAACACGCUUCUGUUCUUCAACACCAAAUACUUCCAGUUAAAGAAUGUCAGUGAGCACCUGAAACUGUCCUUUGCCCAUGUUAUGAGGCGCACCCGAACUCUGAAGUAUAAUACUAAGAUGACAUAUUUACGUUUUUUCCCACCCUUUCAAAAACAAGAGGUAGAAUCAGAUAAAUUAUCUGUAGGCAAAAGGAAACGCAGUGAAGAUGAGGAGAUUCCAGCAGCAGUGGAAAUGGCUGAAAAUUCGGAUAAUCCCCUGCGAUGUCCAGUCCGACUUUAUGAAUUUUACUUAUCAAAAUGUUCUGAAAGUGUGAAGCAGAGAAGCGAUGUAUUUUACCUUCAACCUGAGCGCUCCUGUGUACCCAAUAGCCCCAUGUGGUAUUCCACAUUGCCAAUAGACCCAGGAACCUUGGACAUCAUGUUAACACGUAUUCUUAUGGUGAGGGAGGUACACGAAGAACUUGCCAAAGUCAAAUCAGAGGACUCUGAUAUUGAGUUAUCAGACUAACUGAGGUGGGGUAUUUUCCUUUGACUACACACCAGAAGCACCAAACUGUGAAUACGUCCAGCCUUUGGAAAAUGUGUAUCAAAAAAAGCCAAGAUAAUGUCACCUACAGGCAUAUUUUGAAUCACAGUGGAUGUACAAACUGGAACUGGAAGGAAGCAAGCUGUGUAAGCUGCAAAACCCAACAUCCUGUGGCACCGCUAAAUCCUCUGAACAAAUUCCAGAUGAACUAACCUAUUUUGAGUGGUGCAUAAAUCCUUUAUCUGUUCAGGAUUUAAAACAGUUGUGAGAUAUUUUAAAGGAAAAGGGUUGUGUGAAACCUACCAUAACAAUGUUGGGCAUGGAGAGCUAGACUGUGGCUCACGUGACUUCUCAGCCUGGUGGCUGGCAGUCCUUGCUGCCAAAGAACGCGUGGAGCUCCUAGAGCUCUUCACGAGGCCAGGAGAGGAAGUGGUGGUGCUCAGGCAGACACCUCCCAUUAUAAAUACACCUACACAUGCUUUUAUAGUUGUUUUCCUUUGGAAACUGGGAUCAAGCGGUAGGAAGGCAGAAGCCACUGGCUGUCUAAAGGGACAACUGUCUGGCUGCUGUUAAAUGGGUCACACGAUGCCAGAAUCUAGCUCUCGGUCCAGGCCAAUUCCAACUCUUAGCUCUGUUUGGUCUUCGAUGCGGAAGAGGUGCUGUAGGUCCAACUUCAGAGGGAUCAUGUUACGGGAUGAACAUUUCUGGGGUAUGUACAGGAGAGUGACUGUCCUGGGGUAUGUGCAGAAAUCCCUUCCCUAGCCCAGUAGCUCUGCAGUCUGUUGAUAUAAUCUAGCAAAUACUGUGGUGCGCGGAAAUUGUUUUUCCCUUAAGGCAGCUUUCCUUUCUCCUCUCUCCCUACUCCAAUGGUUUUGGUUAUUUUAUAAGGCAAAUCUGGAGGGCCUUGUCAUUUCAAAUGGAAGAUACGCUCACUCUUUCCGCCUUUGCAACGCGUGCAGUGUUGUGCAAAGGAUGCAGUAUUACUUUUGACAACUGAACUGUGGUAGAAAAUUACCAUGUGUGUUUUUUUCCCACCCCACCCAAAGAGAUUUAGUCAUAGUGUUGGAAAUCAAAAGAGAUUUUUUUAAGGCUUGGCUGUUACUGCGUCUUUUGGAAGAGAAAAGCUCCCACGUUGUGUUUGAAGGACAGGACAUUAUCAGAUACUGUCUGUAGCUCCCCUUUUCUCAAGCUAUAGAUGUGUGUUUCUGGUGACCAGUGGUCACAAAUUCACUGGAAACCCAAACUAUUUUUAAAGAAGAGAAUUGUAUGGUUUUGAUGUAGCUCCGGUCAUCUUCUGUAACAGGGGUCUGAUAUUUGAUCUUGUCACUAAAAUUUCAAGAGAUGAAAAUCAACAGCCUUGAAUUCUGUUUCCUUUUUUUUUUUUUGUUUGGUUUUGUUUGGUUUUUUAAUUAUUUUUUUAGCAGUAACAGAAGUAAUUUAACAAAAAAUAAAAUCAGAAAGUAGUCUAUUGACGUCGUGUACUCGGUAGUCCUGUCCCUGCCUGUAACAGAUUUCACUGAUGUAUUUUUUAAUACAGAAAACUAUGUGAAAAGUAAACCUGCCCCUGAUUCUGUCUGAUCAAA